AUGGCUUUUCUUCUGCAACUGCCUUCACCUCUCUGUACAUUUCGACACCAUCCUCUCCCUGCCUUUACAAGUCCCACCAAAGCAUCACUCUCCCAUAAAAUUACACAGACCCAAAAUUCAAUACAAUUAUCCAAAUGGGUUCCUAAUUUUCAAUCCAAGUCUUUGAAUUUCUUGCUUUCUGGCUCCCUUGCUCUCGCUCUAUCCUUCACAGGAGUUGGAUUUGCAGAAGGAAAGGUUGGGGUUAACAAGCCAGAAUUGCUUCCUAAAGAAUUCACUUCUGUUAUUGAUGUUGCUGGGUUCCUCUCAGAUGGGCAGGAGAAAAGACUUGCACAAGAGAUUGCUGUCCUUGAAAAGGAUACUGGAUUUAAAUUGAGAGUUCUGGCUCAGAAUUACCCUGAUACACCAGGUUUAGCAAUUAAAGAAUUCUGGAAAGUGGAUGAUAGAACAAUUGUAUUUGUCGCGGAUCCUACCUUUGGAAACAUAUUGAAUUUCAAUGUUGGAGCUACUGUGGAUUUAGAUGUACCACGUAGCUUCUGGAGCCGAUUGGCCGGGAAAUAUGGGAACAUCUUUUAUUGGAAAGAAAAGGGAGAAGAUGCAUCUAUUGAAUCUGCUGUUAUGGCAAUAUCAGCCUGCUUAAGAGAACCAGUAGGUGCAAAUAAUUGCUCGGAGGUAAAGUGA